AUGUCAGUGGCCGGCGGGAAUGCGCCAGUGGAUGACAAAAAACCUGGAUAUUGCGAGGACAGCACGGACAGUGACAAUGACACUGAAAGAAAGCAGCUUUUGCGGAGGAUAUCAACAAGCAAGUGCGUCGGUAGACUGGUGAGUCCUGGACUAGACCAAGUUACAGGUGUUGUUGUCAGUUUGGGCGUGCCAACUGUCAUAUGCAGGCUAGGGCGGGGGGAGCACUACUUUGCCCGGGCCACUUAA